AUGCUCACCCGCCUCUGCCUCACCCUCAUCAAUCUCUUUUUCCCACCCCUCUCCGUCCUCCUCCUCACCGGCCCUUACACCGACACGCUCAUCAACUGCCUCCUGUUCAUCGCGGGCGUAAUCCCAUCCCACGUCCACGGCUUCUACAUCUCGUGCACAUACUACCACCGCAAGGGCAAAGUCCGGAAGGGGAAAUAUCCGGGGGGCCAGAAGGCGGGGAUCUUCGACGAGAAGGUGUGGAGAGGGGGGGCGAGCAGGGCACGGGUGGAGGAGUUGAGGCGGGGGGAGGAGGAGAGGUUGGGGGAGGAGAGGGAGAGGAAGGGGGGGAAGAGGAAGGGGGGGCUUGUUAGCGGGAGGGGGAGGAGGAGGAUGGAUGGCUAUGGGGGGAACGUGGGGGAGGGGAGAGAUGGGAGGGAUCUUGAGGGGUAUGAUGCACGCGGGAGGGAUAGAGCGAGCUACCGAGGAGACAGAAGGAGCGAGAUGAGUGAGGGGUUGGAUAGGAGGAGAACGAUUUUGGGGGAGGUGAGUGGGAGAUAUUAA